AUGCUGCCAUCCACCCCGGCCGAGGUGGCUGCGGCCAUGGAAGCUGGUCGCAAGGCCACGAUCGAGAUAUGGACACUCUUUGGAAUCGGCUUCACGGCGACGAUGCUGCGAAUCUAUGCACGAAUACACGCUGUCGGCGUCAGAAACCUGCGGCCAGACGACUUUCUGGUAUUAGUAGCUUUGGUGUUGUACGCAGCGCAGUCGACGCUGGGCUACCAUGUCGGCACAGAGGCCCAUGGGCUGGCCAACAACUUCAUGCUGGACUCGCAGCGAGCGGCCCUGCCGGUCAACAGCAUAGAAUACAAGUUUAGGGUCAUCGGGUCGAAGAUUCAGGUAGCCGGCUGGACGACGUACACUCUGCUCAUCUCGAUGCUCAAGUUCUCGAUGCUGGCAUUCUAUAUCAGACUGACCGAGGGCGUCGGCGGGACGUACCGCACGCAGAUCUAUAUCGGCUUUGGCCUCGUAGCAGGUACCUGUAUGGCAUCGCUGCUCACCAUCUUCCUGGCCUGCAGGCCCUUCCACCAGUACUGGCAGAUAUAUCCGAACCCAGGCAAUGCAUGCCAGCCUGCAGUCUCCAAGCCGGUCGUCUGGGUCUCGUUUACGGCCAACAUUAUUACUGACAUCUACCUGAUACUGAUCCCCCUGCCCAUGCUGUGGCGGUCGACCCUGCGUACGAUCAAGAAGAUUGCAGCCAGCAUCGUGCUUGGUGCAGGUAUCUUUGUGCUUGUCUGUGCCUGUCUCAAGAGCAUCUUCGUCCUCGUAAACCCUGUGAAUGGCGCACAGCUUGCUGGCGCAUGGGGAGUGCGAGAAGCCUUCGUCGCCGUCAUGGUGACCAACCUGCCCAUGAUCUUCCCUCUCAUCCGUGCCAUGCUCUCUCCGUGGUUUUCCAAGCUCUUUUCCACCCAGAAGAAAUCCGGUUACAAGUCUCCGGGGUUUCAGACCAUCGGCGGCACCCCCCACGGCGGCAACUCGUCCUACGUCAACCACAACAGCCGGAGUAAGGGCCGUCGACAGCCCCAGAGUGACCUCACCACCAGCUUCACCCUCAACGGCAGCGACGAGCGCAUAGUACACAGCCACGUCAAGAUGCAGGACCUCAAGUCCUUUGGCUCUAUGGACCACGAGCACCCCGAACCCCCACCAGCUCGAGGUAUCAUGAUCUCCAACUCCGUCGAGGUCAUGCACGAAGAUAGAGGUAGUUUACACGACGAAGAACAGCAGCGUGUGGAGAAUGUCCGUGAAGUCUGGUAA